AUGACUCUUGGCGAUCAGACCACUUCUGGUAUAUAUCAUAAAAUGCCGGUAGUUUCGAACAUUUUGGCAAACAUUGAGUCUCCAAUUCCCGAGAAAAUGCUUAUAAGUCAUCUCCUAAAUUCCUUGACUCCGUGUUUUGACGACAUUGCCACUGUCAUACGUCACCAAAAUCCCCUUCCAUCCUUAUUAAGAUCUCGAUUUAUGCUUACAUUAGAAGAAAAUCGCCUUAAUCGGAACCGCCCCAUGCAUGUCAUUCAUUCCGACCACUCGUCGUCUUAUACGGUGCUUCAUAUUGGGUCCUCAUCGCAGCCACAAGAUAAGUCAAACAACCACUCCUCUAACAACUGGAACAAGUCACACCAUCAUAACCAUGGAGACAAUCGCAUGCCAUAUAAUCUUGACAACCGCCGUCAUCAGUAG